AUGGAGCUCUCACCGCAACCACCAUCAUCGUCUUCAACAACGCCGCCUCCUCAGGAGCACACGGACAUCUUCUCGCUAACCGACAAUGUUCUGGCCGACAAGCUGACCUUCAUAGAAGAGAUUGGAUUUGGCAACUGGGGCAGCGUCUGGUUGUGCCGGCCAAAGGCCAACCCACACUCGCCGAAUGCAGACGACGUGACAAGAAUUCAGGAGAACAAGAUCGCGGUGAAACUCGUGCACAGGUCGAAGACACCCACGACAGCAGCAAGAGUGCGAUCGUUAUGGAACGAGAUGAAGAUCGUUCGCGAAUUCAAGUCUGACCCGCACCCGUCAAUAAUACCUUUCCAUUCCUUUAUAAUAACGCCUUCCUACGCGAUGAUUACCAUGGCGUACCUUCCUACCUUGAUUACAGUCGAAGUUGAUGAGUCGAGAGCACGAACAUGGUUCCGAUUCCUUCUCUCUGGCGUAGAGUUUCUUCACAAGCGCGGAGUCGUACAUAAUGAUAUUAAGCCAGCGAACAUCCUACUAUCACAUAAGAACGUACCAGUUCUGGUCGAUUUUGGAUUCGCUGAGAGGUACGACGCGAAGUCGAGCAAGGCAUUCCUCAGUAACCUCUCCUACGGUACACCCGAGUACCUCUCCCCCGAGCGAGCUCGCGGCCUUCCUCACGAUACCCGCAAAUCAGAUGUCUGGUCCCUCGGCGUCACCUUCUUUGAAAUCAUCAACGGUAGAACGCCCUUUGAACUCUAUGACGGCGAACAAUUUGCCACAAAAGACGAUUUGGAGCGUUAUUGGUCUCGGACUCUCCGUGGAAAAUGGGUCGGGACUUGGACAAUGUCUAAGCCUGCAGAACAGCUUCUGCGGAGGAUGUUGGCACCCAAUGCCGAUUUGAGGUGUACGGCCUCGGAGGCAAUGGCUGACCUAUAUUGGGCCCAGAAGCCAUCCGAAGUGUCUCACAGACGUUCAACGAGUUACAACUCAUCACUUGCCUUCGAGAAGGACCUUUCACGAGUUUUAGCUACGCCAUCCAGAAGCACGAAGGAGAACACCGACCUUUCGAGCCCCCCAGGGCUUGGGUCUCCGCUCUCCCGAAAGGUUGACAAUAAGCUUGCUGCUCCUCAUGUCCUGCUCAAGUCGAAGUCACAGCCCAAAGUGAACGCUACCAAGGUUCCUACGGUCAGGAAACGAGUACCAGUGGACCUCUCCCCCAUCAAAGCGUCACCUCCUACGACACCACUUUCAAACGUGAAGUCCCGCCGUAUCGCUAACAUCCCUACGUUCGGUACAACAAGUGGACGGAGACCUCUUGGUGCUGUCUCAAACCAGAAUGGGAAAGAAAACCCAGCGGCAUCACCCGCGUACCAGCCCGCCAAGAAGUCGCAGGUCGACUCCAAGGAUACCCCCAAGGCUCAGCGUCGGGCUUUGGGUGAUGUUACAUGCUCGAAACGGAACGCAGAGAAUAUGUCUCCAACCAUCAAGGGCGCCCAUAACAAGGCCGUCAAACCGAAGGACCGUGUCAAAGAACGCGUCAGGGAUUGGGAGCGAGAACGGGAGCGGCUGCGUGAGAUGCAGAGGUUGGAGGAGAUUGAGAAGGAGAGGGACGAGGAGCUUGAGCGGGAACGAGAACUGGCACGGGAACGAGAGCUAGAACCCGCGAAGGUGGAAGAUGAUGAGAUUAAGGGGAGCGAAGCAGUGGGGGGUGGCAGUGACACGGAGAAUGCAAGCCCCGUUGGGAGUCAAUUCACAAUCAUCACGGACAGUGUGGGGUCGUCUUCCACUUCACCUGAUUGUCCCUCCCCACAAACACCGUACGAUUCCGGCUUGAGUGGAUUCAAGCACACCAUCCAGCGAUCCAUUGAUAAAACUCUGCAUCUGUAUAGCUCCGUGGGCGGCAGGUCCCCAGUGACCGUAACCGAUAUGGGUCGGGAGUCCUGGGAGGUCGAAGUCCUGCAAGCUGCCAAGUCAUCGCUGCCUGUCGUUCGACAAGCCGCUCGCAGCGAGAGGAUCGCAGCUGACAACCAAGCAGAUAGACUGUCAGUCUGGAUGCGGAAUGUUGAGAAGGUAGUUGAAGAGACCCGCCAAACUUUUGCCUCGUCUGUUCCCAACGUCAACGCUCCACUUCCUCCCCUCCCACUAGCACCAGUGUCUCGUCGGACGUCUCAAGUCUACAGCAAUAGGUCUUCUCGUCUGCCACGCCGCGUACCCGCUACCCAGAUCUUUGACCAACACGGAAAUUCGAUAGGCGACCAAACCACGACCUCAUUCGAGAAAGUGUCACUUCCACCCGUCGCCGAUCCAACCACAGACGUUUUCAAACUAUCGCCUCACACUGCUGCCCACUCACCCAAUAGACAACGUCGCGCCACCGUUUCGACUCGCUCGCCCGAACCCGCGGAUAAACAAACCACCAACGAGAAUAUGUCACCUUCAAAGAGAAGAGAGAAAAGCAAAUCUCACGGAAAUCUAUUACAGUUACGUAUUACACCUGUUUCUGCUUUGGAAUCUGAACUACAGAAAUCUAACACACCAUCUCCUACGACAUCCAAACGCUUGUCAGCGCUGGUUGACAGGAGUCUAUUUGUUUCUACUCCAGGACCAAGUCGCACCGACACGGAUUUGCCCCGUAUAUAUAUUGAUGACGAAGAACGUUCGCUGGAUGAGUUGACGUCGUCUCCAUUGCACGUCGAGCCCUACCAAGUUCGACGAACCGUAAAUCUUGACGAACCCGAACCCGACCCCAAGGUCCAACGACGCAUCGAAGGCGUUUACGACCGUUUCCUUAUGGCUACUUCCGGGGUGAAGCGAGUUGGCCGCGGAUACCAAUCAGACAACGCAGGUCCCGUUGGAAACAGCGCGAGCUACGACAUGCAUAAAGACAAGUCGCAGAGCCAUAGGGCCUUCUACUCCGCACGCAAGCCGAUGCCCCCGCCCGUGUCUAGCGCUGAUAUGGAAAAUGUGAUCGUCGAUGAAAUGGGGAUUAUGACUCGUUCGGGAGGUGCUGGUUCGCCUACAGCUAAAGACGAGGGCAACACGACGGUUACGCUUAUGCGACGAGCCAUCAAGGCCAUCGUACCAGGGAAGACGAUGUCCCGUAGACUCUCUCGCGUCUACUGA